AUGAGAGAGACACAACAUUUAAUUGUAGAGACAGAUAAUGGUGGAUUUCAUAUUAUUAGCUCUCUUUCAAGAAGAAGAGACACACAAAUAAUAACUAUCGAAAAGUAUACUGGACAAUUGUUGUAUACAGGUCAUCCGGGUGUAGAUCUUUUCUAUUCUCCUCAAGAUGCUCUCAAAUUUCUGUCCAAAGAUAAGAAGAAUAUAAAGAAUGUAACAAAAUGUCACUCAAUCAUUGGUUAUACAGUAAUUGGAUCUUGUGGCUAUUUAUUUAUUUGUACAAAAGUUAGUUUGGAUUUGGUACUUCCACCUAAUCAUCAUGUUUAUACAAUAAGAGAAACUGAGACAAUAACAAUUCCACUCACCUAUCCUCAUCGUAUCACUAAAGCAGAGGUUAAAAAUUGUGAAUUAAUGACAGAGUUCCAAUUGAAAGGCCUACAUUUCUAUUGUGAAACAUAUGACCUGACAAGACCAUUCCCAUCAACCCAUUCUCCCCAAGAUUAUACGGAAGAAUUUUGUUGGAAUAUUCACUUGACGGAGAGUUUUAGAAAAAUUAGAAUGAGAAGUUGGUGUUGUGUUUUACUCCAAGGUGUUGCUAGAUCAUCAGGACCUGUCAAAUGUAAAGAGAAGGAUGAAUAUAUUUUAAAAAGAGGAAGAGAAGCCCUUCUCAAUUUUAAUGAACUAUUAGAUUCUGCCGAGGAGGUCAAUUCUACUGAAUCUAUCGGUAAUGUGAAUUUGGCAAUUAUUUGUAGAAAGAGUUGCCUCAAUCCAGGAACAAGAUACAAUGCAAGAGGAUUGAAUGACAAGUCAAGUCCUGGUAAUGAAUAUGAAUCAGAACAAAUUUUAUGGAGAUCAUAUAAUGGAAACAUAAUGUUUAGUACUUUUGUUUGGAGAAGAGGCACUGUUCCUAUCCACUGGAGAAGUGAACUCAAUAAUGCAGUACAAGAUGCAAGUAUUAUCAUUUCUGACAAACCCUAUGAAAACAUUGAUGUAUACUAUAAGAGAAUUGUUGAUAGGUACAAUAAUCAACCUAUCACUAUUAUUAAUUUACUUCGUUCAAAAGAAAUUCACCCAGAAGAAGGAAAUUUGACUCAUCAUUUUAGAGAAUCCUUAAAGGUUGUUAAAAAGUUGAUGGCCAUAGAUCAAUUGGAAAUGUUAGAAUUUGAUUGGCACACUCUUCAUAAAACCGAUGGUACUGAGAAAGCUGUAAAAAAGUUGUGGACCCUCGUUUCUCCAAAGUUAAGAGGUGCUGGUGUAACAACUGGUAUAAUGAGAGUUUCAUCUCAUGGAACUGUUGUAGAUAUGAAGCUGUGGAAAAAACAAAGUGGUAUUGUAAGAGUGAAUUGUGCAGACUCUCUCGAUAGAACCAAUCUCAUUUGUUUUUUCAAUUCCAUUCAAGUUUUGGCAGAACAGUGUCGUCAACUUGGUGUUUCGCUUUGUGAUCCAUCAGGUGACUUUUCUGAGAGUUGGAAGAGUUUGGACUAUACUCUUCAACAGGUAAAGGAUGAGUUUGACUCUACUCUCCUUCUCAAAUUGGCAGAAAUUUAUGUAAAUGUUGGAGAUGUAUGUGCCACUCUUUAUACUAAUACGGUUGCAAUGCAUACUUCACCAAUGCGUGAGUUUGCUCAACACUUAGGAGCUGCUCCUAACAAUACCAAGCUCAUUGUGGAGAGAAGAAUUCAAAAUGUUCUCAAGGACAAAAUUCGUCAACAACAAUACGAAAUGUUUUUGGGUUUGAACUUGUCCAGAUACUUUCCAUCACAUAUUGUCAAUACCAAGUAUGGAGAAUUGAGAUAUGUGAGUCACUAUCCAACAUUUAUCUUUAAAUCAGUUCCAAAAGAAAUUCCAUACAAGACAACAGAAGAGAGAGCUUUGAUAAGAAGUGGAUUUUCUCAUCAUUGGAUUUGUCCAAGAGAUUUUGAUUUUAUUGAAGUUCAAAUUUACUUGCCAUUCUAUUGUAGAGUGACAGAGCUUGCUCUCACUAUUAGACACGGUCUCAAUGAUUCAACUUCUCCUUCCAAGAUGGAUGUAUUUGUUGGUACUCACCUUGAUGAUUGCCUUGUUGGUUUCCAAGAGCUUAACAUUCCACGUUGUGAAGAUGGAACUAAACUGAUUUAUACUUUACCUCCUCAAAUUUCAGGAAUUCCUGAAAACUCAUCACUCUACGAUUUUGAGGGAAGUGAUGCAAGUUCAAAGAUGAGAGUUGUAAGAAUAAUAUUCUAUGGCAUCCCUCCUUGUAGUUGCAUGACCAUGGGUCAGAUUCAAGUAUUUGGUUCAGUUGACACACUUCUCAAUCCAUCUCAAUCACCUAAGGAGUUUUAUUUGGAACUUUUAAAGGCAUCCUCUCAAAACGAAGUAGAACAAGUUCUGGAUAAUCUUGAAAAACAACAAGUUGAAGUUUCUAGAAGAAAAGCUGAGGAAAUCAAGGUAUUGGAAAAACAAGUUGAGAGGGAAGAAGAGGUCGAACGUAAUGAAUCCUCCUUCAGUGACAUUAUUAAGGAUGGUACAGCAGUUGAAUUCACACAGGACCAAGAAGAAGAAGGAAGCAAUACCGCUAUUAGCUCCACAAGUAGUAGUAGUGUACCUACUAGCAUUGUUGCCACUGACAAUCCACAAAAUGCCAUUCUCAUCGAAGAUGUAACAAGCCAAGCCAAGAUUAAUGCCAAUGCUUUGGAUUCUAUAUUUGAUGACUAUUUUGAGAAGAGCAGAGAAAGUGGUACUGAAAGUUUGGAAAACUUCCUUCAAACCUCCAAAUCAAACACUACUGCUAUCAAACUUGAUGUCAAAGAUAAACUGAUAGAAAUGAUUAACAACCAGGAUGAAACUUUGAGAGCUCUCAGAAAUGACAAGUCGAGAUCCCUUGAAAAGUACUACAAGUUUGUACAAACCAAGGUUCCUACUACAACCUCAGAGAUGAAUUUUACAGACUCUUUAGAGUUGGAACUUGCUAGAUUGAAGCUCUAUAUCAGUCCUCACGAAAGAGAUAAUCUUUUGGUAGAGAAUAACUAUAAGAUUGACAAGUUCGAUCCAAAUCAAUAUAUAUAUACCAGAGAUUCCAAAGUAGAGAAAUCUAUUAGAAAAUCUAUGGAAACCUCCACCUGUUCCAUGUGUAAGACCAGCAUCAAGCUGAGAAAAUCUUCAUGCCGCUACUGUAGACACUCAUUCUGUAAAAACUGCAUGUCCAAGUCAAAGUGUGAAAUUAUUGAAUUCAACUGGAAGAAUCCUUCAUCAGUAUGUAUUGAAUGCUCAUCAACAAUUGCCAAGCAAAAGGAAAUGAUUUCUGAAAUUCAAGAACAUAUCACAAUAGAAUCUGGAAAAUCCAAGCUUGCAACCAAGAAUAUUACUAGACUUUUUACUGAGCUCUAUCCACCAAUUUCCCAAUCAAGAAAAAUGAUGAAAAAACACGAGAAGGAAACCCUAUGUUCAGAAUUUCCAAGUAGUGGUAUUUUAAGUUCUGUAGACACAGCUGCCAAUUCACCACCAAUAGAAUCAAUUCUCUUCCCACCUGACAUUUUACCUUUGGAAUAUUGGUAUGCCCCUCCUGGUAUUGAUACAGUUACCAUCAUUAUUCUUUUACAAUCAUAUGCUAAAUUAUCCAAGAUGGUUCUUUUGGUUGACCAAUUAGGUUACACACAGGAUGAUGCUCCAAUAUUUGAUAUUGCCAUCGGUGAGAGGUUACCAACGUUUAAAAACAUCACUAAAUGGACUUUGGAAGCAUCUAAAGCAAAUGAAAUGUUAGAAUUCUCUUUCAAUGGAGAGGGAACAUCCAACAAUACUGACUUGUGUAGAUUGGUAAGACUUACUGUAAAAUUACCAGAAAGAGAUCCAUCUAACACUUCACCUCGUAUUUUGCACAUUGGAAGAAUUUUACUCUAUGGAAAGGUUAAUGAUGAUUCCUCUUCUCAUCAUGGUAAUGAUGCCUUAGAGACACUUGCUCCUAAGGAGCAGCAAUAUUUGGACGAAAUACUUCGUGCCAAACCAACCAUUCAAAGAGUUCAACUCAAGACUGAAUCUAAAUAUGUUAAGGAGAGCAAUUGCAUUGAUGUAUCGUUGGCAGAAGUUGGAACCGUAGUGUCUGGCUUUAGAAUUAACCUCACUCAUACACAAGACACUAUUCACUCACAAGUCAAACAUAUCAGAGUUAGCUUUUUAUAUGGUGAAAAUGAAAAGAGUCUUGAUGUUGCCUCACAAGUAAUUGUUGAGAAAAUUACUGUACCAAAGGUAGAACCAGGUGCUUCUCUCAUUUUUGAAUUUAAUAAGAAUUUCAACGUGGCUGUCAAGUUGGUAAGAUUUGAGUUUUUGUCUACUUAUGGAUGUCAUGUUAAUGAUAUUUCAAUUCCUCAAAUUUUCCUAUUCUCAAACACUGUCCAAUAAAUUAUUUAUUUAUUAUU